AUGGAUGAAGCAGGAUUCAUCACACUAUGGGGGAUAUAUCAUUACCGUAUGCCUUUUGGGCUCAGGAAUGCUGGCACUACUUACAUGAGGGUGAUGACUGCUAUCUUUCAUGAAAUAUUGCAUAGAGACAUUGAGGUAUAUGUGGACGACGUCAUCACCAAGCCCCGAAUAGGAUUCAUAGGCAGUCGUCGUGGUAUUGAGUUGGAUCCCACAAAGAUCAAAGCAAUUCAAGAGUUCCCACCGCCAACAACAAAGAAAGAGGUUAUGAGUUUCCUGGGAAGGUUAAACUACAUUGGAAGCUUCAUUGCCCAGUGCACAAUAAUUGCAAAACCGAUUCUUAAACUCCUCAAGAAAGAUGCUCCAACCAGAUGGACAGAAGAUUGUCAGAAAGCCUUCGACACAAUCAAGAGAUACUUGUCAAAUCCACCCGUGGUUCGAGGAGAAUGGGCUACCAAAAAUGAGAAGAUCAUACCGUAUGUUAGACUUGUGAAAAGACUAGCAGAUCGGUUCCAAGAAGUCAAGUUCAAACACAUACCAAGAUCCCAAAAUGAUUUUGCUGACGCAUUGGCGAUAAUAGCAUCCAUGAUUCAGCAUCCUGACAGUAAAUACAUCGAUCUUAUCAGAGUCAAAAUCAGAGAUCAACCAACUCAUUGUGCUUUUGUAGAAGCAGAGAUCGAUGGGAAACCCUGGUAUGCCGACAUAAAAAUGUAUUUGGUAAAAGGAGAAUAUCCUGAAGGAAUUACCAUCAAUCAAAAGAAUACUAUCAGGAAGUUGGCGAAUGGUUUCUUCCUUAAUAAGAAUAUUCUGUAUAAAAGGACCCCAGAUUUGGGUUUGCUCAGAUGUGUGGACUCUAUCGAAGCCACAAGAUUGAUUGAAGAAUUGCAUGCUGAAACCUGCGGGCUCAUAUGA